AUGGCGUCCAGCAAGCUCGUGCCGUCCAACCCGUCGGACGUGAUGGUGAUACGCGACGUGACGCCCAACGUGGUGACGCUCUCGGUACCGUUCCUGCGCUACGGCUUCCUCGCCAUCGGCGGGCGGGCCACGGUGGUGCGGCUGAGCUCGGGCGCGCUCGCCGUCUUCUCGCCCGUGGCGCUGACGUCCGAGGUCAAGGCCAAGCUGGCGGCCAUGGGCGGCGAGCUGCGCUACAUUGUGGCGCUCGACAUUGAGCACCACAUCUUCAUCAGCCAGUGGGCGCGCGAGUUCCCGGGCGCGCGCAUCGUCGGGCCCGAGGGUCUGCCCGAGAAGCGUGCCAAGGCGGCCGCGGACGGCGUGGACCCCAUGAUCGGGGCUGAGCCCUUCGCAGUCGUGUUCAAGGCCGAGGACAAGAAGAGGCAGCCGCGGGAGGGGCCGGUCGUGUCGGACGAGUUCGACGCUGACUUUGCGUCCGAGUUUGUCGACUCGCAUCGCAACAAGGAGCUCGCCUUCUGCUACAGGCCCGACCGGGUGCUGAUCGAGGCGGACCUCAUGUUCAACCUGCCCGCGACGGAGCAGUACUCGCGCGUGCCCGAGGAGGCGCGGCCAAAGGACGGGCCGGUCAAGCGCAUCGCCGCAAACGCCAUGUCGACGGCGGGCGACGCGAUGGCGGCCAAGCGCUUCAUCUGGCACGUGGCGAGCCGCGCCGACCGGGCCGGGUUCAACGAGAGCGUGCGCCGCAUCGCCGCCUGGGACUUUAGCACCAUCGUGCCCUGCCAUGGCGAGACGAUUGUUGGCGACGGCAAGGAGGUGUUCAGGAAGGUGUUUCAGUGGCACCUCGAGGGGGAGGAGGGCAAGAAAAACCAUGAGCCACCGACCUUGAACGUGAACUCGCCCGACUGA